AAAACCAACGGUUUCGGUUCAGAUAGAUUGAGACAGUUCGGGGUGAUGGGAACAAAAUGUUAGGUUAAGUGACACUGCCUUAAAUUUUUUUCAAUUCUUAUGAAAAGGUCCAUGUAAACGAAAUGACUUCUAGGGUGAAUUACAGGUAUAGCGUUGUGGAACCUGAGACACAAAGAAAAUGCAUGUCCAAAAGAUGGGACAAAUUCACUGUUCUUAUGUGGAAAAACUGGAUCCUGCAAUACAGGAGACCUUUACAGACUGUGAUAGAAAUCUUAGCACCCGUAUUAUUUUCGAUAUUGUUAGUUAUUGUAAGGAAUUUAGUAGAACCAACACACAACAACACUUUGAUAUUCGAGCCCUUUUGUCCAACGUCGCCUCUACAGAGCGACGUAUUUUCCUUGGUGUGUGACCUGAAGGAAAACUCAACGUCUAGAAGAUACAACAUAAGUUCUGGCGGAAAUUUCAGUAAUUUCGCUAUAUUAUAUUCACCUGUCAACGAUGAAACGGAAAAAAUUAUGGGUUACUCCCAGAUGGCCAACUUGGAAACGAUCGGCUUCAAUACUUCUCAAGAACUGGUCGAUUAUUAUAGAACGAACCAGAGCAUCUUGGUAGCCGUUGAAUUCGGAGAGAUCCAAAAGGGAAAAGAUGUCAACGUGAAGAUAAGAUUCCCUUCAGAACUUAGAGUUCCAUCAGGUGUGAUCGGGGGACCCACAGACUGGAAAACGAAUCAAUUAUACCCUAUUUAUCAAAUGAGAGGGCCGCGCAAUCCCAACGCUACCAGAGGUGGUGAUCCAGGUUACGCUAACGAGCUGUUUUUGGCAAUCCAGGAAUUUCUGACGAUGAGUCUGAUCUCGGUGCAGACGAAUAGCCCAGACAUAUUCCUGAAUUUUCCAUACGUUCAUCUCAGGCGGUUCCCCUACUACCAAUGGGAGGAAGACCCGCUGCUGCAGGCCCUCCAGGGUUUCGCCGGACUGGUUGUGAUGGUCAGCUUCUGCUACACCUGCACCAACUUGGUGAAGAUGAUCACCAACGAGAAGGAGAAACAGCUGAAGGAAGCGAUGAAGAUGAUGGGUCUUCCGAACUGGCUGCAUUGGUUGGCUUGGUUCCUGAAGAGCUUGUCCUUUCUCAGCGUUUCCGUGAUACUGAUCACGAUCCUGCUUAAAGUGAAAUGGUACUCCACCUCGGAUUUUAGCGUGUUGACCUUCUCCAAUCCAUCCAUCAUCCUUACGUUUUUCCUGCUGUACGUCUGCUCCAUCAUCACCUUCUGCUUCGCCGUCAGCGUUUUCUUCUCUAAGGCCAACACGGCGGCGACAGUGAGUUCAGUCAUAUGGUUCCUGUCCUACGUACCUUAUCUGAUACUCAGGAAACAGUACGAUACUCUGAGCCUCGGGGAAAAGCUGGCCACCAGUCUGGGUAUGAAUUCUGCCAUGGCGUACGGGUUGCAGAUAAUGUUGAUGUUUGAGGGCUCAGGGGAAGGUAGCCAAUGGGGAAACCUCUUCAAAGCGGGCUCCCCAGACGACACCCUCACUCUAGGACUGGUGUUCGUGAUGCUGCUAUUCGACACAUUCCUAUAUCUCCUCAUCGCUCUCUAUUUCGAAGCCGUCAUACCAGUGGAAUACGGUAUACCAAAGCCUUGGUACUUCCUCUUCACGCGAAGCUUCUGGUGCGAUGAAACCACCAUCAAAGGUUACGCGGAAGACAUGGUGACCCCGGAACAUCUCAGGGGUUUUUUCGAGAAGGAACCCUCCAACCUACACGCCGGCAUACAGAUCAGGAACCUCCGGAAGGAGUUCAAGGGUAACGUGGCCGUGGAUAAUCUCUCCCUCAACAUGUACGAGAACCAGAUCACGGUCCUGCUGGGUCACAACGGCGCGGGUAAAACCACCACCAUGUCGAUGCUCACUGGUAUGUUCCCUCCCACCGGUGGCACGGCCAUAAUUAAUGGUUUCGACAUCAGGACGGACAUGGACGGGGUGAGGUCCAGCCUGGGUCUGUGCCCCCAGCACAAUAUCCUGUUCGACGAGUUGACGGUGAAGGAGCAUCUGUAUUUCUAUAGCAAACUGAAGGGGAAGAGGGAGGAGGAUAUCCAGGCGGAAGUGAGGAAGUACGUCAGCCUCCUGGAGCUUGGACCGAAGGCUGAUGCCAAGUCUUCCACUUUGUCAGGAGGCAUGAAGAGAAAACUGUGCGUGGGUAUAGCGCUGUGUGGAAACUCCAAGAUAGUCAUGCUGGAUGAACCGACAGCUGGAAUGGACCCCUCAGCGAGGAGAGCCCUCUGGGAACUGAUCCAAUCAGAGAAACAGGGCCGCACGAUGUUGCUAACCACCCAUUUCAUGGACGAGGCCGAUCUCCUCGGCGACAGGAUCGCCAUAAUGGCCGGCGGAAGGCUCAAGUGCUGCGGUUCCAGCUUCUUCCUCAAGAAAAAAUACGGGGCAGGUUACAAUCUGGUCAUGGAGAAAUCUUCGAGCUGCGAUCCGGAAAAAGUGAGGGAACUGCUGAAGGGUUACAUUCCGAGCAUCGAGAUUCACAGCAGCGUCGGGUCGGAAUUGAACUUCCUGUUGCCGGAAGACUCUGUUUCUGCGUUCGAGGACAUGUUCAAGGAUCUGGAAAGGAGCCACAAGGCUUUGGGAGUGAACAGUUACGGGGUCUCCCUGACCACCCUGGAGGAGGUGUUUAUGAAAGUUGGGGCGGAUCAUGAAGGAAGCGCGAAGAGUGUCAGAGACGAUAAUGGAAUUGCAAAUGGGGAUCAUUCCAGAGUUACAAUCGAUGGUGACGAUUUCCUGCAGGGUUAUCAGCUGAUUAAGAACCAAUACCUGGCCAUGCUCAUGAAGAAGGUCCUGUCGGCUGUGAGAUCGUGGCGUCUUCACCUAAUAGUGCUCGCCAUUCCAGUUUUCAUGAUUAUAGUGACGAUGCUCUUGAACAAGGCGCAGAAACAGCCCGAACUGCCUGCGUUAACGCUCAAUUUGGACAGUUACAGCAAGCAGAAACCCAGGGUCCUUGUGGAAAAAAACGGAUCCACGGAUUACGAGGAUUACUUCGAAGGAAUCAGCCAGGCAGGAAGUUAUCAGCACGUUACCAACUUGACCGCUGAAAUGUUGCGACUGACAAGAGAAAACGCGCCCUCAGUUCGAAGUCACUAUUUGACGGGAGCCUCUUUCGAGAAGGUCGAAGAGGAAAUAUUAUUCUUCACGAAAACGAAGCCAGUUCUUACGGCCUGGUUCAACAACGAUGCCUAUCACACUGCGCCGGUAGCGCUUGGGAUGAUCCUGAAUUCCAUAUAUCGAAAAACUCUGAAUAGCACCGCUAACAUCAAUUUCGUGAACCAUCCCCUGCCCUUCAAGUUGACCACUCAGUUCAACAAGAUAUCUGACGGAGACUCUAUGGGCUUCAACAUCGCCUUCAACCUGGGCUUCAGCAUGACCUUCGUGUCCUCUUUCUUCAUACUUUUCUACAUCAGAGAGAGGAUGACCAAAUCGAAGCAUCUGCAGUUCGUGUCCGGCGUGAAGGUUUUCAUCUAUUGGACAACCUCCUACGUUUGCGACAUACUGACGUUCACGGUCAUACAAAUAGCCACAGUGAUCACGUUAGCCAGCUUUCAAGAGGAUGGAUUCAAAGCGCCCGACGAUCUCGCUCGCAUAUUUCUCCUGCUGUUCCUCUUCGCCUACUCGGUCCUGCCUCUGAUGUACGCCAUGUCCUACUUCUUCGAGAUACCAUCGACCGGCUACACGAGAAUGAGUCUGUUCGGCGUUCUGGCCGGGGACAUGGCCUUCCUGAUCAUCCAGCUGCUGAAACUACCGGUGCUGGAUCUUCAGCCCCUUUCCAACACCCUCCAUUGGAUAUUUCUGAUCGUUCCCCAUUACUCGCUGUGUACUGGAGUGCUCAACAACUACAACACCUUCGCCUUCAACAAGUACUGCAGUCUGUACGUGAAAUCUUGCGAGAUGAGGAAUACGACUGAGGAGUGUUGGAAGGAGGUCUGUUCCCGCUUCACUGAUUACUGCUGCAAGGAGCAUUUCCAAUGGUCACCCCCUGGUCUGAUCCCGAACAUCGUCUACAUGUUCCUCUUCGGCACCUUCAUUUUCUGCCUGAUCAUAAUGAUCGAUUACAAGAUGUUCAAGCUGAUCUUGGAGAAACUGGAUCGGAGAAAACAAAAACUGCCCGUUUCCGUCCCUUUCGAGGACAGCGACGUAGCCCAGGAAAAACAAAGGAUAAGGAACGCCGGCGAACUCCAGCUGCGUCGCGACCACACCUUGGUCCUCAAGGACGUGACUAGGUACUACGGCGACUUGUUGGCCGUCAACGGUUUGUGCCUCGGCAUCAAGGAGUACGAGUGCUUCGGUCUUUUGGGCAUAAACGGCGCCGGUAAGACCACCACGUUCAUGAUGCUGACCGGAGACGUGAAGAUGACCUACGGGGAGGCCUGGGUGCGGGGUCUGAGCAUCAAGAACGAACUGAAGGAAGUGCAGAAACUUAUAGGUUAUUGUCCGCAGUUCGACGCGCUUCUCGACGAUUUGACGGCGAGGGAGUCUCUGACCAUGUUCUCCCUCUUGAGGGGUAUAAGGAAAGGGGAUUGCGGUUCCAUCGCCGAGAAGCUAGCCAGAGAUUUCGAUUUCGUCAAGCACCUCGACAAGCAGGUGAAGGAGUUGAGCGGCGGCAAUAAGAGGAAAUUAAGUACUGCCAUCGCCUUGAUCGGCGAUCCACCGGUUUUGUAUCUGGACGAACCAACCACAGGUAUGGACCCGGCGACCAAGCGAUACCUCUGGAACGCGCUGUGCGCCGUGAGGGACAGCGGUAAAUGCAUAGUGCUGACCUCCCACAGCAUGGAAGAGUGCGAGGCGUUGUGCACCAAAAUCGCCAUAAUGGUGAACGGUAACUUCAAGUGCCUGGGCUCCACGCAACACCUGAAGAGCAAGUUCGCGGAGGGGUACACGCUGACGAUUAAGGUCAGGAAGGCGGACAGCAGCCACGGUUUGGAACACGCGGCGACCGACGAGAUCAAGAGGUUCGUCGAGAUGAGUUUCAGGAGGGUGCAGCUGAGGGAGGAGCACCAGGAGCUGAUAACGUACUACAUCUUGGACAAGAGCAUGGCCUGGUCUACGAUGUUCGGUAUAUUGGAGAGGGGCAAGAAGGAAUUGAACAUCGAGGAUUAUUCGUUGGGACAGUCGAGCCUCGAACAAGUUUUCCUCACGUUUACCAAACAUCAAAACCAAGAUAUCCCGCGCCGCCAACGCCCCCGAAGGGAAGAUGUAUGAGGAACCGAUGGGCCUGUACAUAUUCAAAUUCUGUGAUUCUCACCUAUUUUAAGCACUCAACAUUUUUCGAUUCUAUUUAAUGACAAGUUUACAGAAAUUAUAAUUUAAAUAAUCCUAAUGCAAUUUUAGAUACUUAAGAUUUUAGCCUAUAAACAAUAUAUUCAAGGAAGGAUGAAUUUUCUUGUUGAUGCAUUAAUUGAGAAUAUUAUUCCCAAUGUUUUGAGUUGAUGUAUAAAUCUAUUUAUUAUGAGAAAUAAAUAAUUUCCUCAACAU